AUGAAGAUGGACAAUAAAAGAUUUAAACUGAUGCUAGGACUUAAUUAUGAAGGGUCAACAAAUUAUUUUGCUUCAUCAAAUAAAUCAAGUACUGUCAAAAGAUGUGUCAAUACUUAAACAACAACUUAGGAUUUCACUCAAUUUGACUAUUUAUUACAAUCUCCAUAAAUUAUUAAGAAAGUUAAAGUCGUUGCCGAAAGCACUAUCCACACCUAUGAAGAUGAUUUAUAUUGCUAUGAAAGCAUACAAAAUAUUGAAUCAGCACCUAUCACAUUUUAGACUAAAUCCUCUCCAAUCCCAAUAUAGAAAGAAUUCUACAAUAUCAAUCCUCUGUACUUAUAAGAAUACAACGAGAAAGAAUAUAACUAUAAAACAAGGGCCAUCAUCUUGAAUCGAAUAUAAGAUAAUUGUCAGAAUUUGAAUAACUCUUACUCCCAUAAAGCUAUAUAUCUUUAUGACCUUUUCCUUAGCAGACUUUAAAGUAAAAGCAUAACCAACUAAACUCAAUUAAGAUUUCUUUCCUUGGCUAUGAUCUUUGUAGCUACUAAAAUGAAUGCUGAAACACCCAACAUCAAUUCACUUUUAUCAUAGUCAUCACUCAACAUGACCAAGCAAUAACUCAUAUAAUAUGAGAGACUCAUUCUUAAAGUAUUAGAUUGGCACACUAAUCCUCUAACCUUACAAGAUAUUAUACAUGAAAUUAUAUACAGAUUCUAUAUUGCUUUUCCCGAUUUCCAAACCUAGCAAGAUCAAAAGACCAAAACCAUAAAUUAAAUUGUUAAUUCUAUUGUUCUGGACCAUCAUUAUUUAAGCUACUCUUUGGAGGAUCUAUCCUUUUCAAUUGUAACUGUACUUUUUACUAAAGAUCUAUAAGAUGAGUAAUUUGAAGAUUUUCUUAAGACUCAUGAUAAAUCAAAACAUAAAAUCUAACAAGCAGUGAAAUUUGUAUCUAAAUAUAUUAGAGUGAUCAAUUAGUUGAAUGAAAAAUAAUUGGACAUCAAUUCAUUGGAAAUACUUAAAUUAGUUUGUGAUUGA